GAAAAACAAUUGCAUCGUUGUAGGCUACGGGAGGAAAUUCACCAAGAUUAUAUUAAACUGGUCAAGUUAAACCGGCGGCAAAACGGAUUUGCAAGAAUAAUGGCACGAGUUGAAGAUUUGUAACGUUUUUACUCAGCACUGUAUGAUUUUCUGCAACCACCUACAGGAUACUCCUCUGGUUACUACAAAGAAGAUGUGUCGAAGAACUCUUGUUUGUAUGCAGCCGUCAGGAAGGAUACUGUGCAUCGCAGGGCGACCGAAUAUAACUAGUCUAGCUACUAAUAACCAAUUGUAUUCCGGUUUGCAAAAACUGAAACAUUUUUGUCUUCGUGAGUGUAGUUUAGCAUUUUGGUGCAGUCUGUUUUAAUAUCGCGAGCAAACAAAAUGGAGGGUGCGUCGUUGUUAAGUUGUCUGUGUCUGGACCCGUGCUUAGUUUAAACUGUGUUCAUGAACUGUUUCCGGGAUAUUUUUGUUGGACAGAGAUAAAUGCUAACACACAGACGCGUAAGCAAUACAGUAAAGUCACUCCGAUGAGACGGUUUUAAUUCCAAAAUAAAAGCGUAACGUUAUUAAUUAUGUUUACAAUAAAACAGGAUGCUUUUUUAUGUCACAAGCCUUACUUACAGCCACUAAACAAUAGAAUAUUAAAAGGAAGAUCAUAUAACACAAUAUGAGUGACUCUGGGGAUAAAGCAAGUGUUCCCGGCUCCUCCGGCAUCAGCAGCGGGACCGGACUGAGUUUCACCGCGGGCAAAGGACUUCCAGGCCGGGUCAGGUGUCUGUCCUCCCCCGCUCCUCCUGGAAGACUGACGUCCCUGAGAACCAGGGACCUGACCCUGGGGGGAGUCUUCAAAAAAACAAAGAAAACCUUUGAGCCAAAUGUCAACGCAGUAAGGAAAAGCAAAGAUGAGUUAAAGGAAGAGAUCCGUGUGGCUCCAAAAAAAGAGAGAAGAGAGAGGGAUGAGAGGAGGAGGGAGAACAGAGGGAGGAGGAGAGAGAGGCCUCAGACGAUCCAGUCUCACUCCAUUUUUGAGCAGGGUCCUGCCGACACCGUACGCAAAACAGGCUGGCGUGGUGCUACAGAUCUGCACGACUCCACCAACUCUCCUGUGUCUAAACUGGUGAAGAAAGAGAGGAACGACUCAGAGGAGGAUGACGAUGAGAUACUCAGUAAACUACAAAGGGAUGAUUUCAUAGAUGAUCCAGGUCUGAGGAACGAUGCCAAGCUGAAACCCAUCCAGCUGCCUCUGUGUCAGUCCAAUAAGAGUCAAACACUGACAACCAGCACAUGUUUGGAGAACCCUCCUGUGUUCAGACCUCCGUCCUGUAGAGCAGGCUCCAGCAGAACAGAUCUGCCCAAACCAGAGCAGCCAUCUGUAGUGGAGCUGCUGCAGGAUCUUAGCCUGUCUGGCAGAGAAGAGCUCUUCUUUAUGCAGUUACCUGACAGUAUGCCAGGCAGAGCUACUGGACAGAAGGUGGACCCCUCUCUAGGAUCUACGGCAGAGAAACCUGCCAAGAAGGAAGGCAAGCCUGCAGACAAGAGGCCUCCACAUCUACAAGCACAAGAGGCAGCGAUGAAGGAGGGCUGUCCUGUGCUGUCACAACUCCCAGAAGGACUUUUGGGUAAACUGCAGAUCAGGAAGUCAGGAAAGAUGGAGCUGAAGCUGGGUCACAUUGUCAUGGACGUCUCUGAGGGAGCGGCAUUCUCCUUCCUGCAGCAACUGGUGUCUGUGCGUCUAUCUGAUGGUCGAACUGGAGACAUGAUGGUGUUAGGAAACGUCCACCACAAACUGGUCUUAUCUCCUGACUUCCAGGCGUUACUGAGACAAGCUGCACCACAGCAGCAACAAGGACCCUGCAUAGAAGCCCAACAGAGCUGAAAGUCACAGACUCUUUGACACAAAUUGUUAGUAUUGUGUAGGAUUGCUGAUCUGAUGAUCACUGAGGAGAAGAUUACAGGUAGUCUAAUGUAUAUUCUUCAUGCCUCUAUUUUGAGGUUUUUAAGGCAGCUAUGUAGGUUACCCUCAAACCUGUUUUUAAUCAUGUUUAUGCUAUGUUUUAGUUUAGUACAUUUUGAACAUCCUGUGACAGCAAAACAAACUGUCAAAGAUGUUGACACACUGCCAGAGGAGACGUGGUUUUUGGAAAGAUACAAAUUAAAACAUUGUGUCAGACUCAAUCUACUGAUCCACAAGGACUCAGUUGUAGAUGUUACCGGAGCACAGAUUACCCAUCGACAGAUAAGUGACUUCUCACACUCUGUCAGUUGUACAUGCACCAGCAGAACAUGAUGGUGAGCUGGAGACUGACAGGACACCAGCAAAGGACACCCCCAGCUGCAUGCUGAGUUAGUCGACGGCCAGAGAAAGACCAAGGAGGACAUUCACAUCUGACAUCAGAGACCAUCUUUGAACAGAGACAGAUGUUGUUAUCAAGUGGCCGAAGUUACAGACUUUGGUCCAACAAAACCACUGAGUGACUGUCAUUAUAACUCACAGAUGCUUUGAUAACUAAACUUUCAUAUGUUUCAGUGGAACAUAAAAUGAGAUAACUGCUCCUUCAUUAACCCCCCCAGACCUGUCACCAUGUGUCUAAUGUUUUUUGGUGCAAAGCAAAUGUACAUUGCUGGGCUGCUCAUCCAGUAGCUGCACUGAUUGCACUGUUGUGGUUUUCUCUCCACUAGAUGCGGCUCUUGCAGGUACCCAGAGCUCAGAACUUGGUAGAACAGCUUUCUCUUAUUUUGGUCUUGGAAUAACCUUCAGAACACACGACAGCUUAAUGAUUUCAUCUCCCUGGGGAAAAGAUCUGUGUAACUGAGUGCAAUUGCUAUUCCUAAAAUGUAUUUUGUAUUAUGUAACAUGCUCUAUUUUUAAUUGUCUGUUUUUGACAUGCUUUAUAUUAUAUUUUUUUGUAAAUUUGUAAUGGCAUGCUUUCUUGGUCAGGUCUCCUCCGAAAAAGAGAUUUUAAGGGACUGUUCUGGUUAAAUAAAAAAGGUACAGCUGG